UAGAAAUAACGAUGAUGUCUCUUCCUGGAGCUCCUGGCCCGCGCACCAAAAGUAAAUAAUCGAAGCGAGCCCCCCUCUUCCCCCAUCUCGACAAUUUACAUCUCUCUUCUUUCUUUCCAUCCCACCCUUCUUCCCACCCCGACACCCCCCUGUUGCAUAAUCCAGCGCCAGCGACAAUUACUGCCUGGACACCCGCCCUGUACUGCGCCCCCACGCCACUCUAGCUCGCACAGCCGGCCACAGCCCGUAUCUCCCUACGCGUCUACCUCCGCGGGUCUACCUUUCCAGUAAAUUCGACGUCCUUAGCGCAGGCCACCUGACACGCAAAGCCACGAAUUUGCCGACUUGUCACCGUUAUUCGGCUUGCACGGUUUCGGGAUUUUUAGCUCUAUCAAACAGCUGUUCGCGCGUGUCCAUCCACUCGACACAUCUGUUCUCCACAAGAGAUUCAGCCACCAUGCCCGCUGAAGCCAAGGCGAACGAAAAGUACCAGGCAGCGGCAGCUCAGCAGCCGGCCGCGGUCUGCAUCCUCAAGUCCCCGGUCGAUGCCAUCCACAUACUCGAAGCUGUCAGGCUGGGCAUUGUGCCCCGGGUCACACGGCGGCUCACGGGUCAUGAGCGCUCUCUGAUUCGUCCGGGAACAGUCUGGGUCUGGGAAGAAGAGGAGACCAAUAUGCGGCGCUGGACGGAUGGACGUCGAUGGGGCGCUUCUCGUGUGGGGAAUGGUGGAUUCUUGGUGUACAAUGAGUCUCUCGAGUCUCUGUCUCCCCCUCAUGCCGGGGGUGAUAUGCCCUAUGGCGAUCCUUAUUACCAAAUCCCUCCUCGCCGGCCCGACAGCCUCGUCAAGCAGACCUACUCUACCAGCAUGACUCACCCCGUCACUGGCAAGGUCAAGAAGUUUCAUGUGGUGGCUUAUGCCAGCAAGCAUAAUCCGGGUGGUGAUGGUACGAACCCCCUUCCCCAGCCGCACCAGCUUCCUGCCCUCCGACACCUCCAGGUGCAGAGCGGGAUCUGGCCUGAAUGGGAGACGAGGAGAGAGGCCGACUUUACCCGACGCGCAGCUGCUGCGAAGCAAGCUCUGUACGCUGCCAGCAAUGGUGUCCCGUCGAACAAUCCUGCCUCCGCCCCAGCUCCUCCUGCCCCUCAACAAUACCCGACUCAGCCAGUACCUCCCACUGCUUAUCCUCCGGUGUAUCCGCAGGAUGCGUACCACAGACCCAUGGCUUCCCCCGGUUACCACCAGCAGUACAUGCCUUCUCCAAACGUGGCCCCUCUAGAAGGCGGGAUGUACCCCCCAGUUGGCAAGUUCACUCAGCCAUAUCAAUCCCCUCGCAGAGAGCCAACCGAACUUUAUAAUGCAGGAUACCCACCUUCUCGAGCCGUCUCACAAACCCCCACCCCGAUGGCGCGAGAGGCCGCGGCCCGCUAUCACCCGUACGGCGCGCCGCCCCAUCGAUCCACUGAUCGCAGGGUCAGCCCUUACCCUCCCCAAGCGCCUCCAUCUCGAUCGACUACUCCUGUGGGUGAAUACCCCAGAGAGGCAGAUGGUUAUGGCCCGGCGUCGUGGGCCAAUGCACCUAGGGUCUCGCCUACUCAGUCAUACUCUUCCUACAACUAUCCUCGGUCCGGAGAGGCAAGCAGACCAAGGCACUUUUACGAGCCUCAAGUGGCCCCUCCUUACAAUGAGCACGUCAAAUCCGAAUAUGGUGUCGACCCUGCCUACGGCAAUGACCCCAGGCGAUAUGCAUAUGAAGAGGCCGAGGUGCCCCGCCGUGGUCUUACGCCUUAUCAGCAAAAUCCCUCGUCAUACGGCCAGCCUGUGCCCAGCACGGAGGACCUUGGACAGUACCCUCCCUAUGGUGCCCCAAGGUCGCCGAGGGCUUCCAGCAGCCAGGGAUACAGCGCGUCUGGUGUCACCCUUCCACCUUUGAGAGCGGCGUUUGGCGAGGAGAGUGGGCAUAACUCUGCGAAGGUUAGCCCGGAAAAUAAGAGAGAGGGGAGCGAGAGGCAGAGCCAGAGCCCCACAGAGGUUGGCGCCAAGCCUCAGCAGAGGAACGGAUGGGGAGAAGAUGCCAGGCAGCUGGGUGAGCUGGGAAGGAGGAUGGUGUUGUAAGAGGUGGCGUCUGAGGUUAUAUCAUCGCGAUUAUUAGUAUUAGAGAACGUUUUCAUCUCGUGUGACGUGGUUCCGAGAGACGUUCAGCUCUAGAUUUGUUUGUACAGUAUGCUGGUCAUGCAGAUCAUCCCCUAUAUGUACACGCUGCC